CUGGAAUCCUUCAGGUGUGCCAACACACACCAGCAGCAGGACAACGCUAAGCAGGAGGAUUUUUUUCGUACCUAAAGCUUUUAAUAGGUGAUCAAUACUUUAUUGCGUGCUCUUUCACGAUGAAGGCCAUGGAGGAUCAAGUAGUCCAAGAAGAACCAGGAUACCAGGAUGAUGAGGAGUCCUUUUUUCAGGAUAUUGACCUGCUGCAGAAGCAUGGAAUUAAUGUAGCAGAUAUUAAAAAGCUGAAGGCAGUUGGGAUUUGCACAAUCAAAGGAAUCCAGAUGACCACAAGGAGGGCACUGUGCAACGUGAAGGGGCUCUCAGAGGCCAAAGUGGACAAGAUUAAAGAAGCAGCAAACAAGCUUGUUGAACCAGGCUUCCUCACUGCCUUUGAGUACAGUGAAAAACGGAAGAUGGUAUUUCAUAUUUCCACUGGCAGCCAAGAAUUUGAUAAGCUUCUGGGUGGUGGAAUUGAAAGCAUGGCAAUCACUGAGGCCUUUGGAGAGUUCCGGACAGGCAAAACCCAGCUAUCUCACACUCUUUGUGUGACAGCUCAGCUCCCAGGACCAAAUGGCUACACAGGUGGAAAGAUUAUCUUCAUUGAUACUGAAAACACUUUCCGACCGGAUCGCCUGCGUGACAUUGCGGAUCGCUUCAAUGUGGACCACGAGGCAGUGCUUGACAACGUGCUCUAUGCACGUGCAUAUACCAGUGAGCAUCAGAUGGAAUUGCUUGACUAUGUAGCAGCCAAGUUCCAUGAGGAAGCUGGUAUCUUCAAGUUAUUGAUCAUUGACUCCAUAAUGGCACUUUUCCGUGUGGAUUUCAGUGGUCGCGGAGAGUUGGCCGAACGACAACAGAAACUGGCUCAGAUGUUGUCAAGACUCCAAAAAAUAUCAGAAGAAUAUAAUGUGGCUGUGUUUGUGACCAACCAGAUGACUGCUGACCCAGGAGCAACUAUGACCUUUCAGGCAGACCCAAAAAAGCCCAUCGGGGGCCACAUCCUUGCUCAUGCUUCAACUACCAGGAUCAGUCUGAGGAAAGGGAGAGGGGAGCUGCGUAUUGCAAAGAUCUACGACAGCCCUGAGAUGCCUGAAAAUGAAGCCACAUUUGCAAUAACUGCUGGAGGGAUUGGGGAUGCCAAAGAAUAGGUAAAAAAAUGAUGUAAAUGUACAGCUAAAAACCAGCUGGGCAGUUGGGAUGAAGAUUUGUGAAAGGUCGACAACUACCUGGCUGCAUUUCUAGCUUUUGGGAGAUAUUUAAGGUAUUUUGGGAGAAAAUAGGAUGGACUUUGUACAGUUCAGUUUUACUGAACUAAAAUUUUGGUCAUUUAGGAUUUUUGUUUUUCAAUAGAACUUUUAGCACACAAAGAUUUAAGCCAUUAGAUUGUGAGUUGUUCUUAGAAUCCUUUUCCUAUCUUUUGUGAAAAUCAAACCUGUCCUUUCACAUGGGAGUGAAUAUACUCUUUCUUAAUUUAUUUCAAAGAGAGUGUCUAAGUGGUAGAAUUUAACAGUGUGAAAUGCAACAGAACUGGAAUAAACUCAGUUAUAAAAUUGACAUAUAUAGAUGGAAAAGGCAGUGGGAGGAACAACAGCUCAAGAACUUGACGGAUUUUCAUGUACUGUAGAGGAACAAGUAGUUUUAAGAAUACGUUUUUAAACAUUUUUAUCUUGACUAGAUAAUGUUCAUGUUUUUAUUUAGCAUUUUCUACUUUUUGGACAGAAUGUUUGAAACCUGUUCUUAUUAAAGUUAAAAAUAA